CUCCGCCGCCGCCAUGGCCGCCCGCCGCCUCCUCCUGCUCCUCGCCGUUGUCGCCGCGUCCCUCCUCGCCGCCGACGCGCGGCCGUGCCACACCUUCCUCGUCGCCUUCCCCGCCGAUCCCAACCCCAACCCCAGCAGAGGCGACGGCGCCGUCCACCACCACCUCGGCAUCCCCCACGUCGCCACGGUCAUCACCGUCUUCCACGUCCGCCGCCUCGGUCCGCAAGUCCCCCACGGCCACCGCAACCACCACCACCUCCACUCCAUCCCCGCCAACGUCCAGAUCCACCGCCCUGAUCUCCCGCACCCCGCCGCGGGCGCGGCCGCGGCCGCCGGGCCCCAGGAGCGAGCCAGGGGCAUCCUCGUGGUCGUCGUCGGGCUCCUCUUCGGCAUCGCCUGCGGCGCGCUCUCCAUAGCACGACAUGCACGAGAAGUUGGAGGAUAG